AUGGGAUCUUCAGAUGGCAAUGUCCCACCAGCAAUCCUGGCCAUCGGCACUGCCAAUCCUCCAACUUUUAUAAAUCAGGACGAUUUUCCUGAUUUUCUCUUUCGGGUCACGAAUUCUGAGCAUUUGACUCGCGUUAAGGAGAGGUUCACCCACUUAUGUAACAGAUCUGGCAUGAAGAAGCGUCAUUUUGUCAUGACAGAAGAAAUUUUCGAGGAAAAUCCGUGUAUAAGCUCUUCCGGUGCCGCUUCGCUCAACCUAUGUCAAGAUUUGGCCAUCAAGGUGCACCCAGAAUUGGCAAUGGAAGCAGCAACCAAGGCCAUCGACGAAUGGGGUCAACCAAAAUCGGCCAUCACCCAUGUCAUCAUGUGCUCUUCGUCUGGCGUGGACAUGCCUGGCUCAGAUGCGAAGCUCGUCCAGCUCCUCAGCCUUUCCCCUUCUGUCAACAGGCUCAUGCUCUACAGUCACGGCUGCCAUGCCUCAGGGACCGUCCUCCGGAUCGCCAAGGACAUCGCUGAGAACAAUCCUGAGGCACGAAUUCUCGCGGUUUCCGUCGAGACAACUAUCCUUCCGUUUCAAGCACCUAGUGUGACGCCUGGGAAAUUUGGACUAUGUAAAUGUGCCCGAAUUCAAUAA